UUAAACCCCCACUAUAUUACAUUCCUCUCUAAAUCUUCUUCUAAUAUACACCACAAACAAACAAACUGCUCAUUAUCAGUCCAAGCCCAGAAAAAAAAUGGAUGCUCUCUUGAGGCAAACAAGAGUGAGAUUUUCUGGUUUAGGACAAGAGACUACUAUUAAGGAAGUGACAAACAGCAACAGAGAAAGAAGAAUACCACCCCAGAAAACGCAAUCCUUCAAAGGAGAGAAGAAGAGAUCCCAGAAUUGGUUUAGCAGACAAUUCUCCAGGGACAUGAGUCAGGACGACUAUGAUGGAGAUGAUGAUCAUGAGUACGCAAUGGCAGUAGCCGCAACUGCUUUUGCCAUCAGUUCUUCAAUUAAGGAACUAACCAUUAAUAAUACUGAUGAUCAAAGAAAGCCAAGAGAAAGACCACAACAAGAUUCAAUAACUCGCACAUCACAACCUGCCAAUAAAGUAUCCAGACAAAAAUCAGGCGAUUUUUCAAGAUCUGAUACAAAGGAACCAACCAGAAAUGUUGGUCAAUCUCCAUCCUUAAAGAAGAGUCCAACAUUUCAGGAUAAGAAAUCGCCGGUUGUUCAGAGUCCAAAGUAUGAAAGUGAAAAUAUAAAGCUGAAUAGUCCGUUUUCAAAGCAGCUUACGUUUCCAGAUAAGAACAACCCUGCAAGUGCAAAUCCUCUACCAACCAAACAGCCUACGUUUCGGGCAACUGGUUCUAUAAAAGCAAAUGCAGAAGAAACUGAAGCAGAUAAGUGGGAGAAAGCUGAAAUGAUCAAGAUCAAAGAAAAGUAUGCAAGUAUGAAAAACACCAUUCUUGACUGGGAGAACAAGAAAAAGGGCAAGGCUAAAAACAAGAAGGAGAGAAAUGAGCAGAGUGAAUUGGAGAAAAAAAGAUCAAAAGCCAUGCAGAAAUACCGUGAAGAGAUCGACAGAAUUGAAAAAAUUGCAGGAGGAGCAAAGGCUAAAGCAGAUGAGAAUGAAAGAUAUGAAAAGGCCAAGGUCAAGAACAAGGCAAAUAAAUUCCGAGAAACUGGAAAACGACCUCCAACUUGUUUCUGUUUCUGAAUGUCUUCUGCAAAGAGAAAAAACUGAAACUGCAAAUUGUUAAAAAAAAUCAAAUAAUAAGUUAAUACUUAUGUUGUAUAGACUUACAAUGUAUGUUGUACCUUUGCAUAAUUUGUAAUAAAAAGAAUGUUCUUAUUUGAAACGAC